AGCUUUCCAAUACACUGUUGUGAAAUUGUAGUUCAUAUUAGAAUAUGCUACGUACAUUGUAACACACCUUGACUUUCCAUCUAAGAAAGAGACACCAGGUAUACUAUGUGAUGUGAAUAUAGUAUUUAAAAAUGUGGAUGCCUUUGUUGAUGCCUUCAUUUUAUGAAUUCGCUUGAAUAAACACAAUAUUCAUACUGGUUCUUACCUCAAAGUUAGAAAAUACAUGAAAGCAUAUUAUUGUGUUGAAAAAGAUCUUUCUGCAGAAAGCAGGAAACCCCUCUAAGUCAGAACCAGUUUUCCUAAAGUACCUGAAGAAACAGGAAUUCACUUCUUGGUGAGUCACAGAUAGAUUCUAUACCAGCUGGGGUUGUCACACAAAGGAAAUGUGAAUUUUAACAAUUAAGGAGAUCACAGGGAAUCACUUCCAAAGCAGAGACCCCGGGAAGGGAAUGGUUUCAUAUAUAGUCAGGGUGGAGAAUUAGAGGGAGAGCCCAUCAUCUUAUGUAAAGGUGGGGAUAAGGUUGCACUUGGGCCUGAAGAAAACAGUUGUAUACAGGGGUGCCUGGGUGGCUCAGUUGGCUGAGCAUCCGACUUCAGCUCAGGUCAUGAUCUUGCAGGCUGUGUGCUCGAAAUCUUGCGGUUUGUGAGUGCGAUCCCUGCAUUGGACUUUGUGCUGACAACUCAAAAGCCUGGAGCCUGCUUCUGAUUCUGUGUCUCCCUCUCUGUCCCUCCUGUGCUCAUGCUCUGUCUCUCUCUCUCUCAAAAAUAAAUACACAUUCGAAUUUUUUCUUUUUUAAAGCAAACACUUCUUUACAUACUCUGAAUGUUACAUAGUAAAUGAGGUUUGUGCUUACCCUUGGGUGGAGAGUUUAGUAUUAUAAUGAGGUCAUGGUAACAAUCCUAUUCCCUUGGUUGACACCACUGUCUACCUGCUUAGGAGUGACUCAGGGGAUGAGCUCAGACAGGGUGGGUAUAAGCUCUUUCUCAGAGGACAUUACCUUUUGUUGUAUACCUUCUGUUUCCAUCACAGGAGACAAUAGCCCUGGGGUGUUGUUGCCUGAAGUAACAGAUAAGGUUGAAAGAAGAAGUGAAAUAAAAUGAGGGCCUAAGGGCAGUGGGUAUCAACAAGUAAGCAGUGAAGGUUAGGUCUUGGGGUCCAGCUGGUGACAUUAACUCCCUCUUGCAUCUUAGGUACCAUUAUGAAUGCUGCCUAUGGCUACUUGGUAACUGUGGCAUUUGUUGCAGGGACUGCUGACCUUCAGGGAUGUGGCCAUAGAAUUCUCCCAGGACGAGUGGGGAUGCCUGAACCAGAGUCAGCGAGAACUGUACAGGGAUGUGAUGUUAGAGACCUGUGGACACCUCCUCUUCUUGGCUAUAUCUUCACAUGGCACCCAGAACCUUCUGCCAAAACCAUGCAUAGAAACCUCUUCACAAAAUGUGUCACUGGGUACAGGGAAACAUCAUGCCUUUGAGAAUUUACACUCAAUGAUAAACUGGGACAGUAGUAGAAAGAAUGAAGUGCAUCAGAAAUUUCAUGAAGGACGUGGUCCAAUUGAGAGGACUGCCCAUAACAAGAACUUCACGGCCACAAUCAGUGAAGGACAUAAAACAUCUUGGAAAACCGCCCUUUUUACAUCCACUAUUUGUGCAAAGCAGUGUGCAUCUGUAAGCAGAAGUUCCAAUCAAACAUGCAAACAUACAUAUUUGUGCAACGAAAAUUUGGAACAUUUGGAAAGUUACCUCGUCCACGCUGAAAACAAUGCUUUGAACCAUUGUGAAAGUGGGAUUGGAUUGACCUUUCAGUCAAAUAGUUCUAAAACUCAAAGAUUCAAAAAUGAAGAUGAAAGGCCUAGGACGUCUCAAUUUGGGAGGUGCUUCACAGAGGAGGUGACCCUACAACAUUACCAGUGCGUUUUCAUUGGAGAUACACUGGCUCAAUACAGUGGAUCUGAGACACAGUCUAACCAGGGAUCCCAUGUUAUCAAAUGUCUGAGGACUCCUCUGCAAGAAAACCAUUUUGAAUCUAAUAAAGAUGAGGAAGUCUUUUACCCAAACUCCAAAUGUACCAAUAGUAAUAGUACACAGAGGGGAGAAAUUACUUCUAAAUAUGAUGAAUGUGGGAAAGCACUGAAGCAGUCCUUCAGUAUUGCUGAUCAUCAAAGGAUUCGUGUGGGGGAGAACCCAUACACAGGUAACGAAUCUGGAAAAAUGUUUAGUCAAUCAUUAAGUCUAAAUACCUGUAAAACAAGUGGUACUGGAGAGAAAAGGUACAUUUGCAAGGAAUGUGGCAAAACCUUUGACAGGCACUCAACACUAUCUCAACAUCAGCAAACACAUACUGCAAAGAAAAUUGACAAAUGUGAAGAAGGUGGUCAAACCAUUAAGGAUGGGUCAUCACUUCACGCACACAGUCAAAUACAUACUGCACAGAAACCUUACAAAUGUCAAGAAUGUGGCAAGGCCUUUAACCAGCAAUCAUCCCUUACUCAGCAUCACAGAAUCCACACUGGAGAGAAACCUCACAAAUGUCAAGAAUGUGGCAAGGUCUUUAGCCAGCAAUCAUCCCUUAGUCAACAUCACAGAACGCAUACUGGAAAGAAACCUCACAAAUGUCAAGAAUGUGGUAAGUCCUUUAAAUGGCACUCAUACCUUAAUCAACAUCACAGAAUUCAUACUGGAGAGAAACCUUACCAAUGUCAAGAAUGUGGCAAGGCCUUUAGCCAGCAAUCAUCCCUUACUCAGCAUCACAGAAUGCAUACUGGAGAGAAACCUUACAAAUGUCAAGAAUGUGGCAAGGCCUUUAGCCGGCAGUCAUCCCUGAGUAAGCAUCAUAGAGUGCAUACUGGAGAGAAACCUUACCAAUGUCAAGAAUGUGGCAAGGUCUUUAGCCAGCAAUCAUGCCUUAGACAGCAUCACAGAAUGCAUACUGGAGAGAAACCUCACAAAUGUCAAGAGUGUGGCAAGGCCUUUAGCCAGCAAUCAUCCCUUAUUCAACAUCAUAGAAUGCAUACUGGCCAGAAACCUUACCAAUGUCAAGAAUGUGGAAAAGCCUUUACCCGUUCCUCACUACUCACUCAACAUCACAGAAUUCAUACCGGAGAGAAACCUCACAAAUGUCAAGACUGUGGCAAGGCCUUUAGUGAAUACUCAACCCUGACUCGGCAUCACAGAAUCCAUACCGGGGAGAAACCUUACCAAUGUCAAGAAUGUGGCAAGUCCUUUAUCCAAAACUCACACCUUAGUAAACAUCACAGAACUCAUACUGGAGAAAAACCUUACAAAUGUCAAAUGUGGCUAGGCCUUUAAGGUGUAUUCACAGUUUACUUGACAUGAGAGAAUUCAUGCCAGAGAGAAACCAUACAAAUGUCAAGAAUGUGGCAAGGCCUUGAGU